CCUUGCCUCACGCCUGCGCGGCAUGCCGGCUCCUCGCGCGAACCUGCUUCUCAUCAGUGUGGGGCGCAUGGUUUGCAACAGGCCACGGUCCCCGCACCCGACGCUGCAGCAGUGCACGCAGUGGAGGACCGCGGACGACAGCCUCGUCCUGGGCGAGGACUUGGUGACCUGGAGGGGAUAUGUGGACGAGCAGACGGUCGCAGAGUGGUUCCUGGGGAGCCUCGGGUUCGACUUGGUGUCCAAGAACUACUGGGCGGACAGGCCCCAGCGGGAGCACACGUACUAUUGGCGCGAGUGGGACUAUUUGGCCCAGGUGGAGGCCAACCACUUCUGCGGGGGCUUCUGUGAACCAGGCCCCAGCCUUUUCGUCGACUACGACCUGUCUGGACGCCAAGGCGGCAAGUGUGCGCCGCUCGUGGGCCUCAAGUUCGGGGUGGUGCAGUACCAGGCCCAGCUGGUCCUGUGGACCAGGAGCCUCUUAAGAGCACCAUCAGCAGCAUCAUCGACACCACGACCGGCAUCAUCGCCACCAUGCGAGCUCCUGCUGACAUCUUCGGCAUCCAACAUUUACCAUCAGUUCACAUCAUCAGGUCGGGGCGGCGAGGUUCAAGCCACGCGACGUGCGAGCGUUGCAACGUGAUGUUGGCACCGAACGUGGCGCGUCGGCUAGGCUCGAGGAGGUAGGGACGCAACCAGCUUCACAUUCCCAGCUGCAUAUCCGUAGCCGGGCGCACGCUUGACCCGCAUUUGUUCACAUCCCUCUGCGCUCGUCCCCGCCUGUCUCUCCCCUUCUGCCCCCUUCGCCCUCGAAGGCAGUGGAAGCGACACCGCUCCAGCGAUGAGGUCUGCGAUGCCUCCCCCACCCGAGCUGGAGGUUGGAACCGUCUCGAGCGGGACGCUGUAGAACAGUCGGAGGGCGACAACGAUGCACCUGCAUCGAUCCUGCCAGGAUGGGCCACGCCAGGUUCGGUGUGGCUGUACAGCUGGCGUCCUCCUGGGACCAGGGAGCCGCACCAGAAGCACCCCGUCCUGGCUUCCCUGGAGGGGAAGAACAUGGGGACCAGCACCAAAACUGGACACGGAAGUGUCGUGUCGAUCUUGGUCACCGUCCAUCUUGGUCCGCGCCUGUUCGUGAUUCCUCCUCGCGAGUGGGCGGCGGCCGACAUGGACCAUGACCAAUACUUGCCUCGACGAGAUCCCGCCACAUGUUGGUUGUGGUCCCCGGGCUUCUUCCCUCGAUCUUCGCGACAGUGACGGGGUGCCGAUCCGCUUCUGCCUUCCGCCUUCUCCCUCCCUCCCAAGAGGAGGCCCCUGGGGGCGCCGCGGUUGCUCCAUGGUUUCCUGUGGUGCGAUUCCCAGGAGGUUGAAGUCCGCGUCUGCGCUGACCCAUCCGUGGUUGACUACACGCUCGUCGUGGGAAGUAGGUAUUUUUGGACCCCCGGGUCCCAAUCUACUUUUGGCGCCUUCGUUUUUCAAGGAUCGAUUGGUUUCCUACUUCCCUCCUCUUCAGUGGCGGGAGGAAGCCCAAUUUACUUCCAACGCCUUCCUACUUCAUGUCUCCACCCACUUAUUCCGACUGGCGUGUACUGACUUAGUUUGGCAUAAUCGCGUUUAGUCCGGCUAAGGGCCGUUCAGUUUGGCUCGCUCCCAGGCGCAAUCUGGCCUGAUCCAGCUCAGUUCAGCGAGGAGCAAGGGGCCAUAAUGUUGAUACGGUGCUGAUGCCCAAUGGCCUAAAUUUCCAUACGGGCUGCACAAACGAGGGCCGCGUCUUGUGAGUGGGCUCAACAGCCCUUGGUCGUCUUUGCGAAUACCUCCUAGGAGCUGCCUUCUAACAUUAUCUUGCCCUCGCGAGCGGCGCGGUCCAAUAACGUUCUCGCCCAGCGUGAUCAGCCUCGUGCUCGUCAUCGCGGUGUUGUUCCCGCUGGCGAUGCCCCAUUUGAAGGAGCUGGGCUACACCGGCCUGGACGACCGCUGAGCGCGGCGGGGCUCGCGGCCGUCCCGGGGGCCGCGCCGUCGCCGCGCGCCGCGGGCGCAAGAGGUGCACCUGCCUGCACCCCGCGCCCCUCGCUCUGCGGAAGAGGGUCC